GCCGCCUUAGACGACAAUUCUUCUUAUCUUUCAAACUACAGCUUCUAACACACGGCCAAUCCAGCUUCUAAUAAAUAUGUAAAAUUGACAGAACUAUAGAUAAAUGAGGUAUUAUGUCACAAAACAUUAUCGAUUGAUCGUCUAAUUUUAUUUAAACUUUCACCAUCCUAACCAAAAUUUAGGAGAGAAAAUCAUCCAAACAUGUAUGGUGUCCUGUUUUUGUUGCUAAUUCCAUUUCUUGAUCUCACUCGAUUCUGCACUUCCACUGACACCAAAUCCCUAAACCAAUCUAUCAGAGACAACCAUGGAGACAAAUUAGUCUCUAGCGGAGAAUUCUUCACGCUUGGGUUCUUCAGUCCCGGCAAUUCCAACAAACGAUACAUCGGAAUUUGGUACAAUAAAGUUCAAGAACAAACUAUUGUUUGUGUUGCAAAUAGAGAGAAUCCGAUCAAUGACACCUCCGGAGUUCUCUCCAUUGAUAAAACUGGAAACCUGGUUAUACAUAAUGGAAAUGAUAGCUUCCCCCUCUGGUCGACGAAUGUCUCGGUGGCAGCUCCUGCCAGCACUUGUUCAGCUCAACUUUUGGAUUCAGGGAAUUUGGUUUUGCUUCAGGGUGACGAUGGCAAAGCAUGGCAAGGCUUUGAUUAUCCAACAGAUACUAUGCUUCCUUCCAUGAAAAUCGGGAUGAACCGGAGGACAGGUCUGAACCGGUUCCUAACAGCCUGGAAGUCACCUGAUGACCCGGGAAUUGGAGAGUGUUCUUACAAGAUGGACCUUAGUGGGUCCCCACAAAUGUUCUUGUCCAAGGGUUCUGUUCGAUUAUGGCGAACCGGUCCAUGGAAUGGGUUUAAAUGGAGUGGUGUUCCGAAGAUGCCAUCUAAUUUCAUCUUUAAUUUCAGUUUUAUUGACAAUCAUGAUGAGGUCUACGCCCUUCACACUUUACUUAAUACCUCAAUUUUCUCAAGAUUGGUCGUGAACGAGUCCGGUAUUGUGCAAAGGCUUACGUGGUUCGAGGGAGACUGUAGAUGGGUCGAGUUCUGGUCGGCACCCAAGGAUCGGUGCGAUUCUUAUGAUACAUGUGGUUCAUAUGGUAAUUGUAACCUAAGUGACGACGAGAAGUUCAAAUGUACAUGCUUACCUGGUUUUGAGCCCAAGGUGGCACUUGAUUGGUCCUUGAGGGAUGCGUCAGGCGGGUGCGUGAGGAAGCGCGAGGGACAAGUUUGUGGAAAUGGAGAGGGGUUUGUGCCGAUGACACAUUCUAGCAUUCCCUACACAUCGGUGACACGUGUGAAUAUGAGUUUGAGCUUGAAAGAGUGCAAGGAGGUGUGCUUAAAGAAUUGUUCUUGUAGUGGUUACAUGAGUGCAAACAUAAGCGGAGGAGGGAGUGGGUGUGUCACUUGGCAUGGUGAAUUGAUGGAUACAAGAGUGUUUUCAAAUGGGGGUCAAGAUAUAUACAUUCGAGUUGAUGCAGUUGAAUUAGCUCAAUAUUCCAAGUCAAAAGGCAAUCAUGGCAAGAAGUUGAAUGUGGCCAUUAUGGUAGUGUCAGUCGCUGUAGUAUCAUUUCUCAUAAUCUUCUUGGCAUAUUGGUUUGUAAUGAAGAAGAGUAAAGGAAAAAGGGGAAUGGGAAACUUGUCAUUUAGCGAAAAUGAGCUUGUUGAAAGUGAAACAAGUACAGAUUUACCAUUCUUUGAUCUGAGCACCAUUGUAGCUGCCACAGACAAUUUCUCUUCUGCUAACAGGCUUGGACAAGGUGGUUUUGGCACAGUUUAUAAGGGCCGGCUACAUAAUGGACAAGAAAUAGCUGUGAAAAGACUAUCAAAAAAUUCGGGGCAAGGGAUAAAGGAAUUUAAGAAUGAAGUUAUGCUGAUUGCGAAACUCCAGCACAGGAAUCUCGUUAAACUUGUAGGAUGCUGCAUUCAACAAGAGGAGAAAAUGGUAAUCUAUGAAUACUUGCCAAACAAAAGCUUGGACUUGUUUAUCUUUGAUGAAGCUAAAAGGUCAUCAAUGGGCUGGGAAAAACUGUUUGAUAUCAUUUUAGGAAUUGCUCGAGGAAUGUUAUAUCUUCAUCAAGAUUCAAGAUUACGAAUCAUCCACAGGGAUCUAAAAGCCAGCAAUGUUUUACUAGAUGCUGCAAUGAACCCAAAAAUAUCAGAUUUUGGAAUGGCUAGAAUUUUUGGAGGGGACCAAAUUGAAGCAAAUACCAAUAGAGUGGUUGGAACAUAUGGUUAUAUGUCACCCGAGUAUGCAAUGGAAGGAUUAUUUUCAAUAAAAUCUGAUGUUUUCAGUUUUGGGGUCGUAGUAUUAGAGAUCAUUUGUGGCAGGAAGAACAGCAGUUAUAAUCAAGAGAACUUUCAGAAUCUAAUUGGACAUGUUUGGGACCUUUGGGGAAAAGGAGAAUCCUUGGACAUAGCUAAUUCAUCGUUAGGUGAGUCAUAUCAAACUCAUCAAGUUCUAAGAUGCAUUCACAUUGCGCUUUUGUGUGUGCAAGAACACGCCACUGAUCGGCCAACCAUGUCAGCAGUUGUUGUUAUGUUGUGCAAUGAAACUUCUCUUCCUCUACCUAAACAGCCUGCAUUUAUUUCUAGAAGACCCAAUAAUGGUCCAGACUCAUCAUCGGCUGAUGUUGGAGCUUGUUCCAUAAAUGAUAUUACAGAUACUAUGGUUGAGGGUCGCUGAAAGCUUCAACUUUCACAUAUUGUACCUUAGUCUGCCAUUACUAGUAGUACCAUACAUGCUGACUAACAUUAUAUUUCCCUAUGACUUUUGGACGUUAGCUCAAUAUCUCGAAAUGUUGUGUUGUGGUAUUAUUUUGUUUAUUAGUAACAAUUUCAUACAAGCAUUUAGUGUAUUUUUUCACA